CAAAAAAACCCAACCUGGUCCAGCUCAUAGUUAUCAAGGCAGUUUUAUCUGUUUCCGCCCUGUUCCCAUCCUAGGGGUUUGUAAAAAGCCUAGGGAUUAAAAACAACACAAAUUGCAUCGCAUGGGGCUGGACUAGAUGAUGUGCAGUGUGCAUAGGAAUUUGUUCAUAUUUUUUUCAAAAUAUAGUCUGGCCCCACACAAGGUCUGAGGGACAGUGGAUCGGCCCCCUGCUGAAAAAGUUUGCCGACCCCUGACUACGGCUACAAUCCCACCAAGAGAUUCCUUUGUGCAAUCCCCACGGCUUAUGGGUGGGAGCUGAGCAACCAAAUAAGUUUCAUAGCUGUGCGAAGAUCUGAAGGGCAGGUCUCCACCAUUCAAGCCCAAUGCUUGGCCACUCUGCCACAUUGACAUAAUAUAAAUAUAUUAUUGAUAUGCAGAAUAGCUUCAUCCUGAGCUGCUUUCUUGAUUCAUUAACACUUUUUUCAUUGUUUUUUGUGUGGUGGUUUUGUGCCAUGGUAACCUCAAGAUUCACACUUGAAGCCUAGACCUGGGAGGAGGAGGAGAAUCAUUAGCAAGUGGGUUUUAAAUGACGAAUUCCAAGAUGUCCCUGUGGAGCCUUGUCUCUGACAUGCCUCCAGAGCUAUUCAGUGGCCUCUUUGAAGAAUUUCCUCGAAGCCUGCGAUGCCUACUGGGGGACUGGUUAGAAAACCAGCCUUGGGAAUUCAUCAACAGCUCAGACACCUUCUGUGCUGUUCUUGCUGACAGGCUCCUGUCUGCUAUGGUGGAGAGACUGCAAGACCUAGCCAACAAAAACUGCCAGACUGGCCCAAUGCUUCAGGUCAUUGCCAAUAUCGAGAAUAGAUACCGGAGAGAGCCGCUGCAGUUGGUGGGGGCUAUAAAAAGAAUCUUAGAGGGAGAGCAAGCAGCAGCCCAACAGUUUCAGAAUGUGGCCCUCUUCAUCCAACGCCAACGGGAAGAACUGAGGUUUAUAUUCAGUCUGCAGAAGCUGCAAUACAGAGUGCAGGAGAUCCAGGCACUCCGGGAGAGCUUGAAUCAGAUGAACGGCAACGCAAGAGUUCCUUUGCAGCUGAACCUGCAAUUUUCACCCCAGGAGAACCUGCAAGAAAGUUCUCUCCAAAAUCUUCAGAAUCUGUUUCUGAAAGCAGCUAAUGAACUAGAAGGUGCAAAGAAAAUGGUGCUGAUGAGACUUAUGAUCUGGAAGAGGCAACAACAGCUAGCUGGGAAUGGAACUCCCUUUGAUGAGGACUUGGCUCCACUCCAGAAAAGAUUUGAAAGCCUGGUGGACAUUUGCUUCCAGCUCCGCCUGCAGUUGGUAGCCUCUGAAAUUGAGCUGAGCUCUGAGCUUCAGGAACGUCUGGAUAAUGUAUUUAGUUCCCUCGUCAAAAACUCAUUCCUGGUGGACAAACAACCCCUACAAGUUCUGAAGACCCAAACCAAAUUUCAAGCCACCACACGAUUCCUGCUGGGCCCACAGCUGCUGAAGUCUCCACACUCCUUCACGGUCACCGCUGACAUUGUGACAGAGAAACAGGCACGGGAGCUAGCUACUAGCCACCUGGAGACUGUCCUCAGUGAAAACACUGGAGAAAUUCAGAACAACACAGCACCUCUGGAGACAAAUGCAACAAGCAAUGCCUGCUGUGCUCUCUUUAAGAAUAUGCUCCUAAAGAAGAUCAAGCGCUGUGACCGCAAGAGCACCGAGUCUGUGACCGAAGAGAAAUGCGCUAUCCUCUUCAGUGCCAGUGUUAGCCUUGGUCCCAACAAAACCAUCUUCCGCCUGCAGGCACUGUCACUUCCCAUUGUGGUGAUCGUCCAUGGCAACCAAGAGAACAAUGCCAAAGCCACCAUCUUAUGGGACAAUGCCUUUGCCGCUGCUAAUCGCAUCCCUUUCAUGGUAGCCGAGCGUGUCAGCUGGGAGUCCAUGUGUGAGACUCUCAACCAGAAGUUCAUGGCUGAGGUGGAGACAACUAAGGGGCUGCUCAAGGAGCACUACUACUUCUUGGCUCAGAAGAUCUUUGGUGACAGCAACGCCAGCCCUGAGGAAUUCCAGAAGCGCCAAGUCUCGUGGUCCCAGUUCAAUAAGGAGAUUCUUCCUGGCCGAGGAUUCACCUUCUGGCAGUGGUUUGAUGGGAUUCUCUACCUCACCAAGAAGCACUUGAAGGAUUACUGGUCUGACCGACUCAUCAUGGGCUUUAUCAGCAAGCAGUAUGUUUUCAGUUGCCUGAGCAAUGCUCCACCCGGCACUUUCCUGCUGCGCUUCAGUGACUCCGAGAUUGGUGGCAUUAGCAUUGCCUACGUCGCAUACGCUCCGGACGGUUCCACUCAGGUGGAGAACAUCCAGCCAUUCACAACCAAGCAGCUGAUCAUCUGUAACCUUGCUGACUGUGUUCUGGAUCUGCCGCAGCUUGAGAUCCUGUAUCCUGACAGGCCUAAACACGAGGCUUUCAGGAGAGUAGACCCACCAAAGAAGAAUAAAGAGUACCAGCCAGCGAAGAUGAAGAUGACCGUCGAUGUACCUUGCUCAUUCGCUGGUUCAUUGAGUCACACCCCAGGUGGCUCCACAAGCAACCUUAGCAUGAAUCCUGGAAUCUCAUCUGGUCCUGCUUAUGAUCCUCAUCUGAUGAUUGCGCAACCUAUGGGCAUGUCUCCCUCCAUCAGUACAACAUAUGGAAGUCCGAACUUGCUGCCUGAAUUAAUGGGCUGCCCUUACUCCCUGGGAAGUUCUUCACCCCUUGGCUCAAUGGAUGCCUACCCCAUGCCUCAUGAUGUGGAAAUGCCACUGGACUGUUCGCACAGUGAGAACUCCACAUCCUACGUUAGGGAUCUUUCAUUCCCAGUGCUGCCAAAUCUGAUAAGGGUGCCUGAGAACAUUUCCCCACCUUCCGACGAGGAGCUGGCCCAUCUGCUACAUCCCGAGUCAGAAAUGAAUCGCUAUCAUCAGAAUCUGGGGUGAUCAGCAUCUGUUCAUAGCCUUUACAUCUAAUGCUUUGUGGGGACUUUUAUGGACUGCACAGCAAUCAAAGACUGGACAUGCUCCCAGAGCAGUGGUGGUUGAUGCCCCCAAAUCCUUAUGGGGCACAGGAAGCUCCUCCCCUGGCUCCAGGCGUGCCCUCCCUCUCCCAGGACCCUCCUAUCCUUGCUUAAAUCAAGGGCAGCUUUGAUUCUGUGCUGGGCCAGAUCCACGAAAUGAUAUGUGCUGUCAAGGGAUUCUUGCCAAUUAGGCCUAUCCAGGGAAGUCACAUAGGAAGCUGCCUUACUCCAGGCUAGACCAUUAGUUUGUCUAGCUCAGCAUUUCCUACGCUGACUGGCAGCAGCUCAGACAAAGGGCUUUCCCAGUCCUACAUGGAGAUGCCAGUGACUGAACCUGGGACUUGUUGUAUCCAAAGCUGGUGCUGUACUGCUGAGCUAGGACUGCGCUAGUGCCACUGCUUUGGAGCAGGGCUGAGGCUCACAUUUGCUUACUGCUUGGCACUGUCCUUUGGGGCGGGGCCAAUAUAGCCCUGGAUGCUUUCCUGCUUGCCAUGGAAGUGGUUCCUUCUGCAAAAACAUGGGGUGGAUUUCUUUCCCCACCAGCAGCCCAGACAGGAGAGAGAGGGUAUUUUUCUCAGGAACUAGAGACUUGGAUCAUUUACUGAACUGCUGGAGCUUUCCUCUAUCUACUUUGGGCAGGUGGGAUUACUCCAACUGGCUCUUCUAUCCUGGGUUCUGUUUUUCUGCUGCAGAAGACUCCCAGAAUUAAAAACCCACAGAUGCCA